CCCCAUCCUCGCUCUCUCGCCCUCAUACUGGCUGCUGUCCUGCUCCUUACUCGGACAGGAUGCAGCGAAUCUCCCAGUGUCCCCGCCCACCCUCUUUCACCUAGAAGAAACAGCGGCAGCUAUACUCUCCAAAACACAUUUCGGUACUCUCUCCCCCAAAAAUACAAAUGGGCGAAAAUAAACGGAAACGCGGUCGUAAACCCAAAACCCCGGCCGAAGAAACCAAGGACUUCCAAUACACCACCACUGCAACAGCCAACGACGUCGUUUCUGCCUCCGUCUCCGUCCCUAUCCCUGCCACCGAACCCACUACGGACACAAACAACCCACCGCCUUCUCUGCGCCGUCGUGGCCGUCCCCCUAAGGUCAAGAAGAACGACCCCCGGGCCAACAUAGCGGCUUCACCCGAACGCCGGGGCUCCAGACACGCCGACCAAAACGGAGACUUCGCCCUCGCAACGACAUCGACGACCACCACCACUGCGGUUAUCUCUGAGACAGUAAGGUGGGAGACCGUGGUUAAGGUGGUGCCCUCCAUGGACGCGGUGGUGAAGGUGUUUUGUGUGCACACGGAGCCCAAUUUCUCGCUGAUGUGGCAGAGGAAGAGGCAAUACAGCUCGAGCAGUAGUGGGUUUAUCAUUGGGGGGAGAAGGGUCUUGACCAAUGCGCAUUCGGUGGAGCACCAUACACAGGUGAAGUUGAAGAAGCGGGGUUCAGAUACCAAGUACUUGGCUACGGUGUUGGCAAUUGGGACCGAGUGUGAUAUUGCAAUGCUGACGGUGAGUGACGAUGAGUUCUGGGAGGGAGUUUCACCCGUGGAGUUUGGAGAUUUGCCUGCACUCCAAGAUGCCGUAACUGUUGUCGGCUAUCCAAUUGGGGGUGACACGAUCUCUGUGACAAGUGGUGUUGUGUCUCGCAUAGAGAUACUUUCUUAUGUUCACGGGUCAACAGAACUUCUCGGAUUACAGAUAGAUGCUGCAAUAAACUCUGGAAAUUCUGGUGGGCCUGCGUUUAACGAUAGGGGGAAGUGCGUGGGUAUUGCUUUUCAGUCUCUUAAACAUGAAGAUGCGGAGAACAUUGGUUACGUCAUACCAACACCAGUUAUUAUGCACUUCAUUAAAGAUUAUGAAAAGAAUGGGGCAUAUACAGGGUUCCCAAUUGUUGGAGUUGAGUGGCAGAAGAUGGAAAACCCUGAUCUAUGCAUGGCAAUGGGAAUGGCACCAAAUCAGAAGGGUGUACGAAUCAGAAGAAUCGAACCCACAGCUCCUGAAUCUCAGGUUCUGAAGCCUUCUGAUGUUAUCUUGAGUUUCGAUGGGGUUAAUAUUGCUAAUGAUGGAACAGUUCCAUUCAGGCAUGGAGAGCGCAUUGGUUUCAGUUAUCUUGUGUCUCAAAAAUACACUGGGGAUUAUGCUUUAGUAAAGGUUCUUCGUGAUUCGGAGGUCCUUGAAUUCAACAUUAGACUUGCUACUCACAAGCGGCUCAUCCCAGCACACAUCAAGGGCAGACCUCCUUCUUAUUUCAUAAUUGGUGGAUUUGUUUUUACCGCAAUAUCUGUUCCCUAUCUCCGUUCUGAGUACGGAAAGGAUUAUGAUUUUGAUGCUCCAGUAAAGCUUUUAGAAAAGCAUCUACAUGCAAUGGCAGAAUCAGUAGGCGAACAGCUUGUUGUAGUUUCUCAGGUUCUUGUGGCUGACAUCAAUAUUGGGUAUGAGGAUAUCGUCAAUACUCAGGUUCUUGCUUUCAAUGGUAAACCUGUGAAAAAUCUUAAGAGCUUGGCCAGCAUGGUAGAGAGUUGUGAUGAUGAAUAUCUAAAGUUUGAUCUAGAGUACCAACAGAUAGUGGUCCUACGUACAAAGAAUGCCAAAGCAGCAACUUUAGAUAUUCUGACAACGCAUUGCAUACCUUCUGCAAUGUCUGAUGACCUCAAAACUUGAAUGAAGAUUGUGGGGAAGGUGGAGAGUUCCGUUGGGGGAAAGGUAAAGAAGAUCCUGUUCAAGUAGCUGCACUCGUAGUUCAUUUGUUCAUCUUUUCUUGGACCCACAGAAAUGCAACGUGAGGCUGGGGUUUGCAUUAUUCAAUUAAAGUUUGGAUUUAAGUUCAUGGGCAUUCUGAACUUUGUUUUAACGAGUGGAAAAUAGUACGGAGAUGAAGCUGGGUUUUACUAGAUCCAGAAACACCAUGUGAUUUUCGAUUUUUCAUCUUUUGUUUGUUUUAUAUCCCAACAAAUCAUAGUAGAAUGAGAUAUAUGUUUGAUCAACAA